UUUUGCACACAGGAGGACAGACAGACUGGGACUUUACACUGAGGGACAUAUAUAUAUUUAAAUAUAUAUAUAUAUAUAUAACACAGAUUUUUGGAUCAUCUCAAAUCUGAUUACUGGAAUAAUGAAGUCUCCAAAACUCAAACCUCAAGCCAAGUUCGUGAACGAGGAGGACCUGAACGACGUGCUGUGUGAGUUCGACGCGGUGAUGGAGGACUUCACGUCGCCGGUGGAGAAGCGACACUUCAGGUACGACGAACACCUGAAGACCAUGAAGAGGAGGAGCAGUGCGAGCGUCAGCGACAGCGGCAUCAGCGACUCCGAGAGUGCAGAGUCUCUUAACAGAAACAGCCUCAGCUUCAGUGAUGAGAGGCUGAACUCCCCCACCGUGUUCUCCCCCACCACCAACUCACCUCCUCUUAUGUCACCGAAACCCAAACUGGGCGACACUAAAGAACUGGAAGACUUCAUCGCCGACCUUGACAGGACAUUAGAGAGCAUGUGACAGGGAGGUUCACAGUCUUGGAGUGUGGCCAUGAGGGAAGGAGGGAGUGGAUGUCUGGACCCCCCCACCAUGAGCAGCUAACCCCUACACAGAAAAAACCACCCAACAGGAUACAGCUGGAUGGCACGGCAACUUCCGAGCGGCUCCAGCACGGCGUCAGGUCUAGCCAGCUCUCUCCUAUAGUUAACCCAGCAGUGCCCUACUAACUCCAGGCCACCUGGCUUCUGGACCGCAAGCCGGGUCAAAAUUAGCAUUGUAGGGAACCUGAGGACAAGAAUACUUCAGCAGGAAGGAUGUAAUGGACUCCAUGAAAUGUUGUGAGGAGUGAGGACGUGGAAUUUAGUCACUGGAACAUUUAUCACAAAUCACCCCGCCUUCACAGACCAGGUUACACUCCCUCAUUCAAGAACUUGAGCUGGAAGAGUAUUUAAAAAAUGGCUUUUUAUAAUAGAAAUAUAUUAGUAAUUUUAUAGAGCUUCUUAUUGUAAAUUUAUCAGUCUUUUUUGGGGGGGAAAUAUAUUUUUAUAUCUUAUGUAAAUAAUAUUUGCUUUGAAGUCUAUUUGCCUCGGUAUUAACAGGAUAGUCAGAUUAGGGUUUGACACUCGUUGACUGGAAUAAAGUUGGUGACAUGCUUAAAUGUGAACUUAAUCCCUUAUGAGAAAAAAAUAACUGGAAAGCAAUAUAUGUAUUUAAUACAGCGAAUGCCUGCCGG